AUGCCAGAUUUUUCAAUCCUCGUGUUCUUCGCGGCGAGACACGGUCACGGCAUACACAUGUGUUGUUGGACCUCGGCGCGGAUAUCUUCCGAAGUUUCUGCUUACACAACUGUGUUUCGCGCUGACUGCCCCGAGGCGCGGGGGCACACCUGGGCAGGGAGGCGCGCCAGGCAAAGCCCCGCUCGCCUCGCGUGCCUGGGCCCCGGGAGCCGCGCGAGGCCCGCCCUCGGCGCGGCAACCCGCCACCCCUGGGGGCACUCCCCGCGGUGGAGCGAGCGCGGCCGAGGUCAGAUGCCGCACCCACCCUCUUCAGGGGCAAGAUCUUUGAAUUUCGCGCGGGGCGCCCUGGCGGCCGUGGGCGAUCGCCCUCUUGGCCCCGAGGCCGCCGUCGCGCAGCCGCUGCCGCUCUCCAUGGGUUGCGUUGUGGAUUCCGGGGGCCUUUCGUGCCCUGUGUCGGCGGCGAGCGAGCGGGGGGGGAGCGAGUAG